AUGUCAAAAAUCGCAUCGACCUUUUCGCGCCUUGUGCGCUUUGUCCCUAAGUCAAACCCGUCUAAGGUUCUGAUCGGCGAGCCGGUAGAUGCGCAACUUGACGUCGGAUUGGCUCUUUACCAGGGAAAGGAAGUCUCGGUGCGACCAUUCACCGGAGCAUCCGUCCUUAAUCCAGGCCAGAAGACAGAGUCCACUGAGAUCAUCAGUCGGAUUCUCUCCCCUUUGGCGCAGAAUGAGGUCGGGUCGAUUAGAUGUAUUGGGCUGAACUAUACCUCUCAUGCCGCUGAGAUGAAGCUCUCUAUCCCAGAUGUUCCUACACUGUUCAUUAAGCCAUCGGCGGCUCUCUCGGACCCUUGGCCUGCACCAACCGUUCUUCCCAAAAUCACGCAAGUUGACAACACGGGCGACUAUGAGUCUGAAAUGGUUAUUGUUAUUGGUCGCGAUGCGAAGGAUGUUAGCGAAGCUGAAGCCCUGGACUAUGUCCUUGGAUAUACGGCAGCGAACGAUGUUUCAAGCCGCACGUCACAGAUGAACCAGAGUCAAUGGUGUUUCUCUAAGGGAUUCGACACCUCGUGCCCAAUUGGUCCGGCCCUCGUUUCUGCGGCAUUGUUCCCGGAUGCUAGUAAAUUCCAGAUCCGCGGCCUGAAGAACGGCAAGGUGCUGCAGGAUUGUCCUCUAACGGAUUUGAUCUUCAGCGUGCCCAAGCUCGUCAGCUUUCUGUCUCAGGGAACAACUCUGCCAGCAGGAACUAUUAUCUUGACUGGAACUCCCCCUGGCGUGGGUGCUGCAAAGAAUCCGAAGGAGUUCUUGAGGGAUGGAGAUGAGUUCGCCGUUGAAUUGCUGCCUCACGUCGGAACUCUGGUGACGAAGAUUGAAAACCAGAAAUGA